AUGCGAGAGCUCACUGGUCUUCUCGACUAUGCAGUGCGAACCGCCAGACUUUUGCGAAAAAUCGGCCUUGCUGAUGAGCAAAGAUCUUAUAGUGAGAACAUUCAAUCCACAUCCGAUCAAUAUACCGUUCGCCUUGUUGAUUUGUGUCGCCCUCUUGGCACUAGCAAGCAAGGAUACUCAAUUUGUGGUAGCACAUGCGGCGGUAUAGCAUGCGGUUGCUUCCUACCAUUUCCAGCAUGUACGUGUCUGAGGAUUGCUCAUGUUUCGAAGAAGACGCAGACUGUCUUUGAAGUAGUAAGUUGCAUAGAAUGGCAACCAGUAAUCCAAAUUGACGUAGAUUUCAUGCUUUAUAAUGAAGGAAAGCUGAAAUCUUUCAGUUUACAACCUUAUGCUACGCAAAAGUAUGAUGAACUGUCGUUGACAGUCAUUUCUUUGCAAAAACCUCAUUCUCCAUUGAUGGACAAAAGAUUCGCUGUAACCCCAAUGGAGGCUAUGAUGCUACCAGAUCAAUAUCAACUUCCUGUUGAAUGCGAGUCAGAAGCAUCUGCUCUAGAUGCCUUUGUGAACUGCACAAAUCGCAUGAUCUGUUCUUACGAAAAUAUGAAAGCACCGCAAACAUGUCAGUGUCCACAUGAUUCACUCCAAAAUUUGAGGAAAGAAGUGUCAAAUGUAAUGCCCAUACGCACUCCGUUCACAGAAAUCUUCAGUGAUAGCAAAGAAAUCUAUGCGCUCUCCAAGCAAGGAGAGAUCACUCUCGCAAUAGAAUCCAAUUUGCUUAUUGGCGGUACUGAGUUCAUAAUCAAUCAACCAUGGAACACUCUUGUACCAACCAAGAAGCAAGAGAAAUUUGCUCUCGUAGACAGAAGUGCAAGAGCUACAUGCAAAGAAUUCAUUACUUAA